AUGUUUACGUCGGCCGACGACGCCAAGUUGCUCUCGUUGCGAAGCGAGGGGAAAUCCUGGCAUGCUAUCAGGAUGGAGCUUCCGGACCGCUCCAGGAGUUCUCUAGAACGGCGGUGGGGCAGGCUAUAUCUUCGCGCCACAGCACCGGUCGUGUGCGGAAAGUGGACGGCGAAGGAGGUGGAAUUCUUGACCAAGUCGCACCAAGCCCACAUGCCAGUAAAGAGCAUUGCAGAGCAUCUGGGAAGGUCGACGAUGUCCGUCGCCGCCCAGAUCAAGAGUAUGCCAGGAUUGGAGAAGCCAGUCCGAUUGGGUUGGAAGACGGACGAAGACAAGCUUUUGUUGCAGAUGCGCAGCAAAGGCUGGCCCUGGCAUGAUGUAGCCACCGCGCUGAACAGGUCAUACGCUGCGUGUCGGCACCGCUACGACGAUGUCCUGAGAUAUCGAGACACCACCUCGCCUUGA